ACUAGAGGGCGCUGUGGACAUAGCGAGUAACUACUUUCAUACUGGAGGCAAGAUGGCGGAAUCAGAGGAGCCAAAAACGGGUUCUUGCACUUUUCUGUUCAAAAAAUCUACUAAGAAAUUCUCUGGCCGAAAGAGAAAGGCAAGCGACAGCGACAAAGAUGGAGACAGUGACGAGGACCAGAGCUCUGUGGUCAGAAAAGAAAAGAGAAACACUCGAGUCAACCCCAUGAUUCAAAGAUCCAAAAAAACAGAGAGAGAUAAUGUAACAUCCAGUGAAAGUGAAGAGGAGAAAGAUGACAAGAAGAUCACUGUUGCCUAUAAGUCCACACGAUCAGCGAAACCAGAGGGACCAGACGACAUGGGGGCGACUGCUACAUAUCAGCUGGACACGGAGAAAGAGAAAGACGCUCAAGCCAUCUUCGAGAGGAGUCAGAAAAUCCAAGAGGAGCUGACUGGUAAAGAAGAUGAUAAAAUCUACCGUGGCAUCAACAACUACCAAAAAUUUAUCAAGCCUAAAGACACCACCAUGGGUAACGCCUCCUCUGGCAUGGUCAGAAAAGGACCAAUCCGAGCCCCUGAACACCUGAGAGCCACAGUCCGGUGGGACUACCAGCCCGAUAUCUGCAAAGACUACAAGGAGACUGGCUUCUGUGGUUUUGGAGAUAGCUGCAAGUUCCUUCACGACAGAUCAGACUACAAACAUGGCUGGCAGAUAGAGAGGGAACUGGAAGAGGGAAGAUAUGGAGCAAAUGAUGAUGAAAACUAUGAGGUGAGCAGUGAUGACGAGGACAUACCCUUUAAGUGCUUCAUCUGCCGGGAAUCCUAUAAGAAUCCCAUUGUCACAAAGUGCAAGCACUAUUUUUGUGAGGCCUGUGCCCUUCAGCAUUACCGCAAGUCCAAGCGUUGCUAUGUGUGCAACACUCAGACCAAUGGAGUCUUCAACCCUGCGAAAGAGUUGAUGGCCAAGAUGGAGAAACACCAAGCUGCAACAGACCAGCCACCAUCAGAUGAGGAAGAUUAGCAACAUCGGAGCUUCUUCCAACCCUCCCCUUAUGUGUUUGUCUGUGUACAUUUUGAAUAAAAUACAUUUUUUAGAAGGUU